ACCUUUAAUAUUUAGGGAGGGCCUGUUUCCUAAGUGAUUAAUAUUUUGUGUAUGUGUGGGUGUGUGUAUGUGUAUCUAGUUUUCAUUGUUUCCCCCCUCCAUCUCCCUCUAACAUUCACUGUUUACUCCACUCUCAUCUGACAUCAUUGGAGUUUCCCCUUGUCUUGCUCUAGCUCUGCUUAAAAGAGCAAAUCUCAAUGAAGAGUCACUUACACAACAGUGACAACCAAAGCAUAGGGAUAGUUUCCGCUGAGGACACUUUAUAGUUUAACUUGAACUUUUGGAGGACUACGACACACAGCACAGUAAUUAUGGGCCAUGAGAAUCAGAUAUUGUUAGAUCUUGAAGAUGGAGUGCUGCCCGUACCACAGGUGAUGGUGUCAAGGUGGAAGGCUGGCUCUUUAAAGUCAAGAAUAUUGCGGGUGUGUGGGGCCCUCCUGGCUGUGGCCCUUUGUGCUGCUGCUGCUGCGGUCUGCUUCACAUUCAACAAGUCACAGAACAAUCAGGAUGGCGGAAACUACCUCAGACAUGCAUUGAGAUCAUAUCACAAUCAAGCAAAUAUCACUGCAAAGACUGCCAUCCACUUAAUCGGUACAUACAAUGGUGUGGUGCCUAAACUGGAGUGGAAAGUCAACCAGGACCAGGCUUUCUCUGCAGGUGGCCUGAAAUUAGUAGAUAACGAGAUCAUAAUUCCUCAUGACGGCAUAUACUUUGUCUACAGCCAGGCGUUUUUCAAUGUCCGGUGCACGCCUGAUCCCGAUUACCCUGAGGAGCAUGAAAUUGUGCAUUUGAGCCACACAGUGUCACGCUAUUCUGACUCGUAUGGAAACUACAAACCCCUUUUCAACGCGGUCCGGUCAGUCUGUGUCCAGAUGCCUGACAGUGACGAGCUGUGGUAUAACACAAUAUAUCUUGGUGCGGCGUUCCGUCUGGAGCGUCACAACCGUUUGUGCUCUAACAUGAGUGAAAAUCUCUUACGCCACAUUGAAACCGAUCAUGGCAAGACCUACUUUGGUGCUUUUGCUCUAUGAACUCAGCUGAAUUUGAAAAAAAAAAACAUCAGGAAAGGUUGAAGCAAGCCAAAAAAAUGGCAACCUACAGGGAGGAUAGCAAUAUGAUGAGUCUCUACUGUCUACAAGAACACAUGAAAUGAAGGCAUGUUCCUGCUGGAAAAAAAAAACAAAAAAACAUGAACACCAGCCUAAGCUGGUUGGCGGGCUUUAGUUGGUCUCCCAGCCUGGUCAAAUGUCUGGUUUAAGAGGGGUUUUGAGCACUUUACGACUAAAUCCAGCCACAACCAUCUUUAACCAGCCAACCAGCUUAGGGUGAUUUUAGCUGUUUAUUUUUCAACAGCGAUAUUUGAUCAUUUGACCUUGAGUCAAAACUCAAGUCUAAAACUUUAACCUUAAGUAGCUUGAAGAUGUGUCCACAAGUUUCUGAGGGAUUGAGAAAAGAAUAUGCCAAAUUUAUCUGGGAAAAGAAACAUGGGCUUUUUGCAGUUUAGUAAGUUAGUGAUAACUUUGGUAACUUACUGAUUGUUUUUAGAAUUAUUAGUAAGGCAGCCCGUUGUCUGUUAUGGAUUGAUGCAAAUAUAUAUUUUAUAAUUAAUUUAUUUUAUUUAUUUAAUGAACUUGAAAUACUGUAAAUUUUAAGUGUGUAUGGCGCAUUUAUUUAAGUUAUUUAUUUAACUAUUUUAUUAAAGAAAUUUCAUAUCAAACCACUGUGCACAGCUACUGUAAUGAAACUCAAUAAUAAUAAAUCUUUAAGAAGA